AUGUCACAAAGUAAUCUUACGGCCAAAGAACGCCGCCAUAUUGUGAAUCGUAAGUACUAUGACAAGAAUAAAGAAAAAAUUCUUAAAAAACGUCCAAAGGUUUCGGAAAUUCUCUCUCUUCAGAAGCAAGUUCUUGAAGUCCAACGCAUGCGGAAAUAUCAGAAACAACUUUUGUCUUUUAUCAAAGAGUGUGGAUUAACACCACCCCCCCAGGAGGAAAUUGCCAUUGCCCCAGAAACUUCUUUAGAGCUCAGUAAUAGCAGUAAUGCAAUAAAUAAUGGACUAUCCAAUUAUCAGGAGGAAAUUGCCCCAGGAACUUCUUUAGAAUUCAGUAAUAAUGGACUAGUACUAACUUGUCCCUCCUAUGUUUCAAAUGUGAUGGCUAAAAUUGAUCAGGAUAUAACUUCAAUCAAUUACCAAGAAGAAACCGUAUCUUGUAUCAAAUCAGGACUAAUCGAAAUCAUUGAAGAAGCAGUUAAUGUUACCAAUAUGAUAUCACCUGUUUUCCCAAUCGCUGCUUUAAUAAACAACAUAUUUACAUUUUAUGAAAAUGUCCGAUUAAAUGAGAAGAUUUCCAAGUCUACAAUUGACCGAAUUAUUAAAGUUUUUGCAGAAAAAGUGCUUCAAUUAAGAGGUAUUAAACCAAUUCUAAAUGCUACUAGUAUAAGAAAGAGAUUUGCAGAAUUAAUGGAAGAGUAUGAUUCCUGUAUAAGAGAUCUUAAGUUUACAAUGAUUGUUGAUGACAAUAUCUUAAGAGAUGAUCUUGUUGACGCAGUUAAGGCAACUUCUAGAAAUCACAAACUUCAACAACUUGAUUUUCAACAAAAAUCACGAGCACUUGUUGUAGCUAGUACUAAUUAA